AUGUCCAUAUUCAGCUCCUCGACACCGUUCGAUCUUUCUCUCGGACUUGAGGGCACGCACGUUCUAAUCACUGGCGGCUGUGGGCUCAUCGGCAGAGCGGUCACGCAAGCUUUCCUAUCCGCUGGUUGCAAUGUCAGUGUCGUGGAUCUGGCCGACAAAGACAACGUACUUGAUCAUCAUGAUCCGAGGCUGUUUUUCUUCUCUGGCAGUAUUACCAAGGAUAUCGAUACCGCAUGGCGAGCAGCCGAAACACGAUUUGGCCAAUCAGUCGAAUGCUGUAUUGCUCUUGCGAGCUUGGAUUUGAGUGUUCUGCCACAAGCUGAGAGUAUCUGCGAUAUGGACCCAGCAACCUGGCAACGAGUCUUUGAUGUUAAUAUCAAUGGAACAUUUCUUACAUGUCAACGCUGGCUGAAGGGUAUUAGGGACUGUUCGAGAGAACCAAAGAUAGCGGAAAAGAGGCGGAAUGUAAGCUGCAUUAUCAUGGGUAGCGAAGCAGGACGUUUCGGCGUGAGAACCAUGGCUGCGUAUGCUGCUGGCAAAUCAGCUGUACAGCAGGGCCUGCUGCUCUCGCUUGCCAAAGACGCUCCGCGGAUCUGGCCCUCAGCGCGCGUGAAUGCUGUCGCGCCUGGUGCUGUAGACACCGAGCGCUUUCGUGACGAGUGCAGGCAGUUUGGAGAGAACUUUCGGCACGAGGAGAGUGAAGCUACGGUACCACUAGCGAAAGCAGUGCCUGUAGAAGAUGUGGCCAGGACGAUAUUGUUCUUGGCUAGUGAGAGGUUUAGUGGGAGUGUGACUGGGCAGUGUAUCGCUGUUGAUGGUGGGAAGAUGGGGAGUGUGGUUUGGUCCCAGAAGGAAGCUGAGGAAAGAAGAGAGGUGAGUGUGAGAUGA